GCUGCCUGGGUAGAGGAAGGUCCCUUGGCGCGGUGCACUUGUGCAGGCACCGCUGCACACUUUUCUGCCCUCACCUAGGGCAUGAGACGACGCCGCAGCCGCACAAUCCCAAGGGUGAUCUCCGGAGGGCGGGAUGUGGGGGAUCCGUACGGACCCAGCCCCUCGGAAUUGGCUGGGGACGCUGGGGCCAGGCCGCUCCCACCUGCCGGCCGCAGCGGCCAAUGGGAGUCUGGCCUGGUGAUGUCAUGCCCUGACCGGACCCUGGUGACGAAGUCCGAGGCCACCCGUCAGGGAACCAGAGCAAACCUACCCGCGGGGGUUCCAGAAGUUUCCACUGAGACAGCGGAGUGCAGCCUCGCACCGCAAGCUAGCGCUUGCCACCACUUUGGCCUUCCUUUUGGGGUGUCCCUGAUUGACUUCUACACCCCCCCCCUCCGGUCCCCUUCCUCCUUCGGGGCCCCCCUUAUUUCCACUCGUGACCUCGUAUUCACGUCUUUAUUACCACAGGAGUGUCCCACGUCACCUUUUCUCCACCAGUGCUACCCGGACCUCUGAUGGGGUCUUCAGCCACAUUUUCAUGUGCCGGUCCCCCAAUGCCACCCCUGCUGUGUCGUGGCUAGGGAUGCUCAUUUAUUCGGCACCCAGCCCCUACUGAGGCUGUCACUGUGUCCGAGUGUGUCCGUCCGUCUGUGAAUGUCGAUCGCUGUGUUUGUGGCUGUUACUGCAUGAGACCGUCGGUCUACGUUGUCUGUCUCCGGGGAAUUCGGUCCGUCUAUCACUGUGGGUGUCUGCCCCGCCGCUGCGGUUCUUUCGUUCGUGUCUGUCACCGCGUGCGUGUCUGUCCGUCUGUUGGCGUCUGUCACUGGCAUCCGUCUGGGCUCCGGGGUCUCUAGGUCUCGGCUCCAAGAGAGGGAGAGAGAGUGGAGGUGGCAGCCCGGGGCGGCGGGGAGGGGCGGGGGCGGAGACAGUGGGCGGAGGCGGGGGCGCCGUGUGGCCCGGAGUGGGUGUGUGCCGGGGGCCGAAGGCGGCGGCUGUCAGACUCGGCUCAGCCUGCGCUAGAAAACCUCGGCCACCUCCAGCUCCCGGCGCGGCGCGGCCCGGCCCGGCCCGGCCCAGCCUGGCUGCCUCAGGUGAGUCACCCGACCCUCUCGGGACCCUCCUUCGGCCCGUUGCCUAUUCCGCGUCCAGCGGAUGGUGCCCUCCUGGAGGGAUCCAGGCCCCCAAACCGGACGUCCACUGCGCCCCUGGGCCUGCCCAGCGACGCCCCCCGCCGCCCCACACUCAUCCUUAACUCUUCCCCCGCCGCCGCAGACUUUCGGUCGCCCGCAUGGGAGCCGGCACCCCGCAGGGCUGGCCGCCACCUCUGCUCUCGAUUGCUGUAGGGACCCCGGAGCACCCCUUCCCCCGCUCGUCCCUAAGUCUGGGGCCACUGGAAGACGCUCCCUGCUUGGAGCAGAACCCGGGCUGCGCAGGUUCCUGGCGUCCAACUGGGCCCACCUGAUUCCCGCGACCCCAGCGCCCCUGCGCAGCGCCCAGCCAAAGCCCCCUCCCAGGCCCAGGCUUCUCCUUCCCGCAGGGACUCCGUCUCUACUGGGGGGCAAGGCGAGGCUCAGCGGAAGCGCUGAGUUAUAAUUAGCCCCACUCGGGUUUCCUAGUUAAUCUCAGCACCACCACCACACCAGCUCAGGGCGCCAGGGGCUGGAUGAGGGGUGACCGCCGCGAGAGGGGGGAGUUCCGACCCGGAGAAUUUUGAUCCCUUGGCUGGAGAUGCCGGAACCGCAGCAGCUGCUGCCUCAAAAUAGCGCCCCCGCCCCUGCAGCCGGGGAUCUCCGGAGCUCCGGGAACACAGGCGUCCCGGCUUGUCCUUCAGACCCCUCCGCAAUGCCUGCAAGCCCUCAGACCCCCGCCCCAAGUUCGCUCCUGGACUCGGGGCGGUGGGCGCAGUCCUUUUCUAGGUCUCUACCGGCCCCCUCUGGCGGCAGCGUGCACAGCAGCAUCGGAUGGAUGGGGGACUCGAGUCCUGGGGUCCAGGGCUAGAGAGCUUGUUAGCUGAGGCUAGGCGACUGGGAUGCGCAGCUGAUGGGCACCCGCAGGCACCAGUGCCUGUGCCAGACAGGAUGAGGCAGGAUGGGCGGGGCAGGGUGUGGCGUUGGUAGAAUUUGGGGUGCCCCAGGACCUGCGGUUUCUACACCCUGAAUGCCCAAACCACCCACCCCAGGGUCCUGGCCCUGGCCCACAGAGAAGCUGCGCCUUCAGGCCACUGCAAGCGCCCUCCGGUGCCUCCCAACAGCGAGGGCCCCGCCCCUGUUGGAUGGCCUGUACGUUGACUGCGGCCUCUAGUGCCAGUGCCCCGCACUGCUCUCACUGGGCCCAACCCAGUCCAUCCAGCUGAGGGAAGGAAGUGAGGGCGGUGGGCCCUCUGCGGGGCAGGGGAGGAAUUGCUUGGCAGGUCUCAACUCUGUACCCUACAUUUGUCUGGGUGUCUAUGUGCCUUGGUCUCUGACCCCUCUUGCUUCUCCCUGUUUGCCUGUGUCCUUGUCUCUAUGUCUAUCUCCCUCCAUUUCUCUCCUCCUCUCCACCAACCUGCUCCACCUCUUCUGCAGCUCAGCGAUAACCCCUGGGCAAGAAUGUUACCUCAUCUCCUCCUUCCUGGCAGCCUCAGGCCUUCACCCUCUGCCAUUCUUUCUCCCAGCAGCCGCCUGCCUGCCCUAGCAGUCAUGAGGCUCCCGUGGUGUCCUCUGCACACUCCCUUCCCGAUGGCCCCACUCUUUCUCCUCCUCUUCUUCCUCCUGGGAGGAGGGGCAGAGGCUGAACACCUGGAGGACCCAGAGCUUCGGGUGAUGGUGCGUGGGGGCCAGCUGCAGGGCAUUCGCCUGGAGGCCCCUGGGGGCCCUGUCUCUGCUUUUCUGGGCAUCCCCUUUGCAGAGCCACCUGUGGGCUCCCGUCGCUUUCUGCCACCAGAGCCCAAGCAGCCCUGGCCAGGGGUGCUGGACGCCACCGCCUUCCAAAGUGUCUGCUACCAAUAUGUGGACACCUUGUACCCUGGCUUUGAGGGCACCGAGAUGUGGAAUCCCAACCGUGAGCUGAGUGAGGACUGCCUCUACCUCAAUGUGUGGACACCAUACCCUCGGCCUGCAUCCCCCACCCCUGUCCUUGUCUGGAUCUAUGGGGGUGGUUUCUACAGUGGGGCCAGCUCCUUGGAUGUUUAUGAUGGCCGCUUCCUGGCCCAGGCUGAAGGGACUGUGCUGGUAUCCAUGAACUACCGGGUGGGAGCCUUUGGUUUCCUGGCCCUGCCGGGGAGCCGGGAGGCCCCAGGCAAUGUAGGUCUCCUUGAUCAGAGGCUGGCCCUGCAGUGGGUGCAGGAGAAUGUAGCAGCCUUUGGGGGGGACCCAAUGUCAGUGACUCUGUUUGGGGAAAGUGCAGGUGCCGCUUCUGUGGGCAUGCACCUGCUGUCCCCACCCAGCCGGGGCCUGUUCCACAGGGCUGUGCUGCAGAGCGGUGCACCCAGUGCGCCCUGGGCCAUGGUGAGCAUGGGAGAGGCCCGCCGCAGGGCCACACUACUGGCCCGCCUAGUAGGCUGUCCCCCAGGUGGGGCUGGUAGCAAUGACACAGAGUUGGUUGCCUGCCUGCGGACACGACCAGCUCAGGACCUGGUGGACCACGAGUGGCAUGUGCUGCCUCAGGAAAGCAUCUUCCGCUUCUCUUUCGUGCCUGUGGUGGAUGGAGACUUCCUCAGUGACACACCCGAGGCCCUCAUCAACACUGGAGACUUCCACGGCCUGCAGGUGCUGGUGGGUGUGGUGAAGGAUGAGGGCUCCUAUUUUCUGGUUUACGGGGCCCCAGGCUUCAGCAAAGACAACGAGUCUCUCAUCAGCCGGGCCCAGUUUCUGGCCGGGGUGCGGGUCGGGGUCCCCCAGGCAAGUGACCUGGCUGCCGAGGCUGUGGUCCUGCAUUAUACAGACUGGCUGCACCCUGAGGACCCAGCACGCCUGAGGGAGGCCAUGAAUGAUGUGGUAGGCGACCACAAUGUCGUGUGCCCAGUGGCCCAGCUGGCUGGGCGACUGGCCGCCCAGGGUGCUCGGGUCUAUGCCUACAUCUUUGAACACCGUGCGUCCACACUCCCCUGGCCCCUCUGGAUGGGGGUGCCCCACGGCUACGAGAUCGAGUUCAUCUUUGGGCUCCCUCUGGAACCCUCGCUAAACUACACCGUCGAGGAGAGAGCCUUUGCCCAGCGACUGAUGAGAUACUGGGCCAACUUCGCCCGCACAGGGGACCCCAAUGACCCCCAUGACCCCAAUGCCACGCAGUGGCCACCGUACACCGCGGGAGCGCAGCAGUACGUGAGCUUGAAUCUGCGGCCGCUGGAGGUUAGGCGGGGUCUCCGCGCCCAGGCCUGCGCCUUCUGGAACGGCUUCCUACCCAAAUUGCUCAGCGCCACCGCCUCGGAGGCUCCCAGCACCUGCCCAGGCCCUGCCCACGGGGAGGCUGCCCCGAGGCCCAGGCCCGGCCUCUCCCUACCCCUCCUCCUCCUCCUCCUCUCCCGGCUCCUGCGGCUGUGACCACGGCCUCUUCCCCCUCAGGGGACCCUCCUCUAAAGAGGGGUCGGACCAUGGGGGAAGGGCACCACUCAGGGAUCUCCGACCCAGCACCCCUCCCCUUCUCAAACCGAGAGAUUGGUCAAAGUGGACAGGGCGUGGGGAGGGGUGACCUACAACCCAUCUCAGGGACCCACACGCCUUUGUUGUUUAAAUGGAAAUGAAAAAGCCAAUUUUCUUUUUUUAUAAAAUUAUUCCUUGGAGCCUGAGCCUGGUGUUGGGGGCAGAGGGAAAAGGCGGGCUAGAGAGUACCUCCCAGGGGGGCUAUAACCGUCAACCAUUUCUCUUCUUUUCCGCAUAAACCUACGGAUGCUCCCCCUUCUGAUCCCUUCCGUCCCCGUCUUCCGGUCAUUUUCUUCCCCGCAUCCUCCUUCCCUGCUCACCCCACCCCACCCCCCCAUCCUCCCUGUGGUCUUUCGUCUUUCGCAUAUUCUCCUGAUCCUUUUUCCACCGUCCCACGUGGCCUUCUACUUUCUCCUUGUAUCCUCGUAUCCUCCUGCACUAACCCUCCACACACCACCCCGACCCGUGUCCGUUCCCCUACCUUCCCCAUGUCCUCCCCUACCACCCACUUGCCGGGCGGCCUGG